AUUUUAUCGAGAAAUAUCUGGCUUGUUGGACUGUGCUCGACUGACGAUCAUAAAUUAUUUCACUCUGCCGUUUGAUUAGUUUUCGAAACAGGUUUUUAAAGUUUGUGAGUUAUGUUUGGGAGAGAUUUUCACGGCAUGUUUGACGAAGACCCUUUCUUCAGUAAUCACAGAAGCAUGAUGAAUAAUAUGAUGAGGGAUUUUGGUGAUCCAUUUGGCAUGGGUCACAGAGCCCUUAAUGCUCCAGAUGAAUUUAGAGGCAGAGAGGGUGGGCACCAAAGACAUCCCCAGAGACAUCCCCAGAGACAGACGCAAGAUUUAAUGCCCCACUCUCACUUAAUGGGUGGCAUGAUGGACCCAAUGAAUAUGUUCUCACAGAUGGAUUCAAUGUUCAGGAACAUGCACAGUAAUAUGGAGAUGAUGGCAAGUGAUCCAAAUUCAUACUCAUAUUCUUCCUCAUCUGUGAUGACAUAUAGUAAUGAUGGAAGGGGUGAACCCCAGUACUACCAAGCUUCUUCAGCAGAACGUCGAGGCCCUGGAGGGGUUAGGGAAACACAAAAGUCUGUUCGAGAUUCUCAGUCUGGUGUAGAAAAAAUGGCCCUUGGGCAGCAUAUUGGUGAUAGAGGACACGAGUACCAACGGUCAAGAAACAGGAGGACGGGCGAAGAGGAAGAGGUGCGGAAUUUUGUGAAUAUGGAUGAAGAGGAUGCAUCGCAUUUCAAUCGGCAAUGGAGAGACGCUACGAGGCAGCACAACACAGCCAUUGGUUACCAAGGACAUAGAAAUGAGCGUCACAAUGGAAAGCAUAAAAGUCACCGCAGCCGUGCGAUUAAGGGUCAUGACAAAGCCUAAGUUGGCUUAAUUUUGGAUCUGUUAUUUGGGUAUCUAAUUUGAAAUUGUGUGGAUAAUGGGCCCACUGCUGUGCCAAAUAAAGCAAAGGGAAACAUUGGAACCAGUUGGUGAUACAUUCAGGAAAACUACUGUGUGACAAACUACAUGCAAAGUUUUUGUUUUUUCCGUACUAUUAUUUAAAAUGUGUGUAAAGAUAGAGAUAUGUAUACUUGCUUAUAAUAAACUAAAUUACGUAUAUACA